UUAGGUUAGGUAAAUAAAUAUUACUUUAACCUAACAAGAAACUUACUUAUAAAAAUGCUAUUGAAAAGAUGCUAGGAGGUAUCACAGUGGGAUUGUGCAACUAUUUGUGCAUGUUACUGAAACCCACACGAGGGAUAGUAUUCAGAAAUUAUCACACUGUCACUCAUUGUAUAUUUGAUAUGGACGGAACUAUUAUAGAUUCUGAAGUUUUAUACGCAAAUGUUAUUAGAAAGAUUUGUUCCAAAUAUGAUAAAACUAUAACUGAUGGAUUGUUAAACAAGGUGAUCGGAGUGACAGACAGAGACAUAAGCCAAAUGAUCUGCAAAGAACUUGAAAUACCAAUCCCACCGGUCGAAUUUGAAAAACAAAUGAAAGAUAUGACCACGGCUUCAGCAAACACGGUGCCUACUAAAGAAGGAGCAAAUAAAAUACUAAAUCACCUGAAGAGCCACUCAAUACUAGCCGCGCUGGCUACGAAUUCAACUGGAGAGACAGUGAGGAUGUACGCGAUGGCGAAACCUGAGCUGUUUGGCCAUUUCCAUCACAUGGUCAGCGUAGAUGAUGCAGAGGUACAUCACGGCAAGCCACACCCAGACUUGUUCCUGGUGGCUGCCUCCAGGUUCCCUGCCAAAGCUGAUCCUAAGCACUGUCUUGUCUUCGAAGACUCGCCUGUCGGGGUUGAAGCAGGAAUAUCAGCUGGAAUGCAGGUUGUAAUGGUACAGGAUAAAAGGCUGAUGAAUACUUCGUUACGAAAAUUUAAAGCGACGCUCAUUUUGACCACUCUCAUGGAUUUUAGUCCGGAAAUAUUUGGGUUACCGCCGUAUAAUUCUUAAAAUAAUAAUGCACCUAUUGUGUAAUGUUAACUUUAUAGAUACGUUCUUGUAAUAGGCAUGUACACUAUGUAUAUCAAGUGUAAUUAAAAUCAUGGAGACACGUGGUCUUGUGGUGAUAGAAAAAGGUACCAAUAUUAAGCCGAAAUGGGUGACUAGGGGUCCUAGCCUCGGAGGGUCAUUCUAAAAACUCUUGUGCUGUAUCUCCCUAUCGGUUAACUAUAUCCUUUUUUAACACCCUGUAUAAGUGUAUAAUAUAGGUGUCAGGAAAACAAUCAAUUCAGCCGCAACUCUUUUAUUUAAAAACCAAACCCGAUUACACUAUUUAAAAUAUACAUUAUACAGCUUUCUUAUGAUACAAAAUUAUAAACAAGCUUUACAUAAAAUUUUACAAUACUCUAUAUUUAUGUAAUAGUUGUACCCUAUAUACAAUACUAAAUGUUUACCUACAAAGGUUCUUUUUUAAAUAAAAUAAAAGCGAUGGUAUGAA